AUGGCGUCAUCAUCUCCACCUUCAACUAACGCAACACCACAACAAAUAGGUAAAGCAUUUGUUGUUCAAUAUUAUCGUCUUCUUCAUGAGCAUCCUGAAUCUUUACAUCGUUUCUUUUCCUCAACAUCGACAUUUAUGCAUGAUGAUCCCACGAAAAGUGUAACUGGCAUAGAAGCUAUAGCUAAACGCAUUGAAGAAUUAUCCUUAAAACAGCGUCAUGUUAAAAUUCGUCAAGUUGACUGUCAUUUAACUGUUGGUUCGUCAAUUGUUAUACAAGUUUGUGGAGAAAUAUCAUCAACACCAAUAGUUGAUUCUCAAAGUCAACCAAUUAUGAAACGUUUUGUGCAAACAUUUGUUUUAACACCAGCUGAUAAUUCAAAACAAAAAUAUUAUGUACACAACGACAUUUUUCGAUAUCAAGAUAGUUCAACAACAGUAUUAACAACCGAUAAUAAUACUAAAACAUCGAUGAUAUUAACGAAUAAUAGUGAAGUGACAUCAUUUGGAACUCAGUCCGCUACAACAAGUUCAUCGACAAUUAUGGAAACGCCUAUGACACUAUCAGCUUCUAACAACGUUGAAUUUUUUGAUAAUACAAUACCUGAAAAGAAAGAGGAUAAACCUGAAACGACGAAUACUUCUUUAGUUCCUAAAAUAACUCCACCAAUAACACCGGUUGUUGAUCAAGCAAAAAGUCAAGAAAGAGAACCGUCAGCAAAACCAAAAUCAUAUCGAGAUGCUAUCGGUAAAAAAGAAAAACCUGCUACUACUUCAACUGAGAAUCAGUCAGCAUCGACAGUAGUAACAACAACAACAACAACAACAACUGCUACUGCCACCACUGCAGGAACAAAAUCAAAUAAAUCAAAUAAACAACAAAAAAAGGCUUCAAAACCUACUGGUAAUCAUAAUCGAACAGCACGGGGUCACCCGCAAGAUGCCAACGAUUAUUAUGAUGAUUCUUGGUAUUAUGGAACAGGUGAAGAAGGUUAUUUGUCGACUGGGUAUACUGAUGAUCAAGAAAUAUUCAUUGGAAAUCUUUCGGCUCAAGUAACAGAAAAUGAAAUUCAUGAAUUAUUUCGCCCUUAUGGUAGUCUUUUACUUGUUCGUAUUGGUAAUACAGGAUCUCAAGUUGGUGCGGCAAAUUUCGCGUUUGUUGUUUGCCAAUCGAUUGAAAUGGCAAAGGCUAUCGUAGCUGAUCAUGAAAAUCUUUUAAAAACACAAAAAAUAAAUGUUGAAGCUAAAAAGCGUCGUCCUUUCCCUCAUACAUUUCGUCCAACAUAUCCAACAGCUGCUUCUCCAACAAGUUAUCAAUCAACUGGUUAUCCUUCAUCAUUUUAUAACCAUUCACCAUAUUAUGAAAGUAUGCAAACCCGUGGUGCUCGACGAGGUGGUGGCGGUGGUGCUAGUGGUGCUGGUGGUGCUGGCGGUGGUGGUGGCGGAAAAGGAAGCACAAAAUAA